UCCGCAUCGAACGCUCAACGAGCACAGAAGUCGCAUCGAAAAAAAGAUUAAAGUGAAAAGUGUUACUUCAAUCAUCAUUUCAAUUGCAAAUCUUGACAAUGGCUGAAGAACUGUUUCCGGGUCUCGAGCGUCCUUUGCCGCAGCUUCCUUCCUUGACCUACACGCUGUUUGCCUAUCGCGAGGAGCUGCGACGCCGUGACGCUCCCUUCAUGAAGAUGUCCACGAUUAAGCUGCACUUGACCGACAAUCUGAUACUGCAAACGAUCAAGAACAUUCGUCAAUUGGAUACCAUGGAGAUCAUGAAUUUGAACCGCGAGAUUGUCUUCAAGCGCAAGUUGACCAAGCAGAUGCGUAAGGUGCGUAAACUGGAGAAACUUGGACUCAAUGUCGAUCCUCGCCAACUCACCACACAACAGUGGCACUAAACAAUCAAAAGAACAGCAAAAAACCGAACAAGAAAUCAAACCUAAACAGCGCAACUGAUAAUGAUAAACAUACUCUAAGCAUGUCGAUAUAAUACUUCUAAGCUAAAUAGUUUCUAAAACUCAGUUGUAAGCUGAACUUAAACCUCACACACUUAGUAUACGACAUUUUUUUCAUAAAAAGAUAACGAUUCAAAUCUGUGAAAUUUACACUGAACUAUGGAUUCCUUUUAAUGUUAGAAAAUAGAUUUGGAUAAAAUGUGAGAAUGUGCAUCUACAUUUAAUUGAGCCUUGAAAAUAAUUGUAAUAAUUUUAAGAA